GAAGAUUUUGUGGAAUGGGGGAAUUGGGGGUUAGGGUUUGAUGAAUUCUUACUUUUUGCUUUUUUGCUUUUGGCAACCUGCAGAGCCUCUCUCUCUUCUUGUUUCUCUCUCUUCAUUUUUUUUCCAGCAGUUUAUUCUUCAUUAGUCAAAAACUCCAUAGUCCAUACAUUUAUGGUUUCGCUCACACACGCCAAUUUGAAUCUGAAAUUUCGUAUUCUCUCUCCUCUACCUCGUGCUCGAAUUGCAGAAGCUCGUUCCAGGUUCAAUAUCUCGAGUCUUCAUCUUGAUGGUUUCCUUUCUCAGUUUCUGACUUUUUCCCCGUAGAUGGAGCUUUAUGCAUUUAAUCCAGGACCUCUUGAUGAUUCUGUGCUGUAUGAUCAAGAGAAGCAUGUCUCUUCUGCCGUUUGGGAAGGGCAGGAGCGUGGUGCACUUAGAUGUCAUGAACACACUUCGAAGCUCGAUCAGUGGGUACUGACAUCUAAGCAGAUUGACUUAAUUGAGAGGGCUGGAUUUGGGUACUUAAGAUUCAUUCCUGCAAUUAGCUUAGACAAUCCACUGAUCUCUGCAUUAGUUGAGAGAUGGCGUAGAGAAACCAAUACAUUUCACCUGACAGUUGGAGAAAUGACUGUUACCCUUGAAGAUGUUGCUUAUUUACUUGGACUUGCCAUUGAUGGAGAACCUGUUAUAGGGGUCACAUAUACGACAUGUGAUGCUAUAUGUAUAAGAUAUCUGGGAAAGGCACCAGAUUCUGGGUACACUAGUGGUGGCAUGGUGAAGCUAAGUUGGCUGAAAGAAUGUUUCUCCCGUUGUCCCGAAAACGCAUCAAAUGAAGAUAUAGAACGCCAUACUCGGGCAUAUCUUUUGUACCUCGUUGGAAGUACUAUAUUUUCCACAACUACUGGGAAUAAGGUCCCAGUGAUGUACCUUCCCCUGUUUGAGGAUUUUGAUCAUAGUGGGAAAUAUGCAUGGGGUGCUGCGGCAUUGUCUUUCUUAUACAGAGCACUUGGCAAUGCUUCACUGCGAUCCCAGAGCACUGUUAGUGGCAGCUUAACGCUAUUGCAGUGCUGGAGUUACUUCCACCUGAAUAUUGGCAGACCAAAACUUACUCAAGACUCAUAUUAUGAUAAUUUUCCUCUAGUUCUUCGAUGGAAAGGAAAACAAAGUGGUCCAACAGCAAAUCGAGAUAUAACCUUCUACCGUAAGGCACUAGACUCGUUAAAGCCGGCUGAUGUAGACUGGUUUCCCUAUCAGAACAUCGAUCCCAUGGUAAUACCGGAUGAGAUAGCAAGCAGCUUAAUUUUGGGUAGGUCUAAAACAAUGUUGAUAUGCUUUGAUAAGGCAGAAAGGCACCUGCCAGAUCGUUGUAUGAGGCAGUAUGGCAUGCCCCAUCAACCAAUCCCAGAAUCAGUAGAAAGGUGGGAAAGAAAGAGCCGUGGGGUUGAUGGUGGAGUGGACUUGUCUGGGAAAAUGGAGUCAGAACUCAAAGAAUGGUCAGAACGUCAUCUCCAUAUCUUACAUAAUGGAGAAGAUGUCGAAGAAAGCAAGUAUAUGCAUUGGUAUUUGAGAAUUACACGUAGGUUUGUUGGAAGACCGAUCCCUCUUGCAUCCGAGUUUCAAAGAAUGAAUGCGACUCUUCGGGAAGUCACACAUAUUGCAGAUACAAUGUCCUUACAAGGAUUAGAUAAUGAACAAAUACACUCGAUAACAAGGAUCAGGUAUAUUGUUCAUGAGUGUCUAAGAGACCAAGCAGGAAGUGUUGUCACAGUAGCAUCAUCACCACCAGAGACUGAGAAUUGCAACAAGAGAGGUAGGGGAAAGGAGAAGGUCAGAAGAAAGGGAAUGGGUAAACGGAGGCGCAAAGAUGAGCUGGAGCAGUGCGAAGAGGAUAGUAUUAGUAGGGACGACCGACUAAUACCAAAUUAUGCUGCAACGGGUAUUGAAUACGUAGAACAGAUGCAUCACCCAAUUCAUUUGGUCAAUCAUCAACACCGGUGCCAUCCAAAUGUUGCAAGUGUAAAUGAAGAAAUGGAUGAUUCUCGGCUUUCCAUUUCUGUCAAUGAAGUAGUAGGUGAUGCACAAAUCUGCUUGCAAGAGAGUGAAGUUGAUGGAUUACAUCCAUCAAACUUUGCUGAUCAUGAAGAGGAGGGUUGUCCUCCGUCUGAUGAGGACACCAAGCUUGAUGACCAUGAAAAUGGUUUUAUGCCAGGUUUUGCUAGUCAAGAGGAGCCAAACCAGCUCUCUGAUGAAGACAUCAAGCUUGAUGAUCAUGAAAAUGGCUCGGUUUCAGGGUUUAGUAAUCAAGAGGAACUUAACCAGCUCUCUGAUGAAGAUAUCAAGCUCGAUGAACAUGGAACAAGCUUGAUUCGAGGAGAGGACGACAUUUCCUCUCCUCACAUUGCUCGUGAUGAGAGCGAUGUACUUCCUUAUGAAAGUGAUGAAGACAAUUCUCGGCAGUCCGAAAAUGGUAUUUAAAAUGAUCAAUUUAUUAUUACAUGGUUUUUAAGAAUAUUGAAUUUUUUCUGUGGCCUGCUAACUUGGAUUACUGAUCUAUGUUUUCCUAAACCUCAUUAGUCAUCACUAGUAAUUUUGCUAAACCGCAGUACCUAAAGUUGAGAUGAGUUGUUGAAGUCUUCAUGUCAUAUUAUUGGGUCUGUAUAGGGGAGCUUUAAUUUUUUGUUAGCAAGUUAUGCUAUUAGAUGUUAUUUUAUAUUGUAAAUUAUUGAACACUAUUCUCAAGUUCUAUUGGAACUUACGGUUUGUAUCCCUCAUUAACAAUUUUAUACUAAACUAGUUUAGUUAGCUA